AUGCCCACCGCUCUAUCAAUGUUCAAGAGCAACACAACUCUUUGGGAUGGAUGGCUGCAAGCUUUCGACGCCUGCGCCGUUGCUGUCCAAGGAAAGCUGGUUAUCACGAUGCCAAAAAUGGACUUCGUUCCCACAUUCCAGCAUUUUGAAGAGGAAAAUGUACAGGCUCGUGCGGAUGGUCAUUUUGGCGCCAUGGAUUGCUUUCAGUGGCUUCAAGCUUAUAAUAAUGAGGCAUUCCCAUCCCUGCAUCCGCUACAUUGGGCUUGGUUCACUCCCACCCAAGAAGACUUCAAGCCAAUCCCAGGCAACUCAUUCCCUGUAGGCACACUUGCAGCAGAUAAGGUCGAAGGCUUGGAUUCUCUUCGAAAAUUGGCAGAGAAGCGGGUGCAGGAUUGGAGAGCUAAUCGGCAAGGCAAGAAUGAUGCUGUUGUCAGUCGCAUCUUGUCCCUUCGACAUGGCAUCUCAUGGUUGAAGACGUAUCCCCUUACAUUCUGCGACCUUCUCAUGUUCGUGACUGAUGCCCAACGGCUGUUUCUUGAGAUUCAUUCAUUCAUGGACUGGAUCCUCCUUGCUCAGCCUCAUAUCACUGCCAGUGACAGGACUGCCAUUGUCAACUUGGAGUGGAUGGGCGCCUUCACACACGACAGUGACAUGUGCAACAAGCUGUACAUUGCUGGUAUCCCUGUUUGGUAUGUCCGCACCACGGCAUACAUACCUUCAAAUAUGACAGUAAAACAGCCCGUUUUACUCACCUAUCCUAAUCAAAUCAUCCUUUCAAUGUACGCAGAGGCCAACAAAGUUCAACUGUACGAAAUCAUCCAUCAUGGCCCAGGCGGCAACAAUCGUCAGCUUCAUGUUCGCCACCUCUAUGGGGGCACAACUUUCAAAGACCCUGAGCCAGGUCCUUCAUCAGGUCCUUCGUCGAGCAGCUUAUCUGCACCCAGUUCUUCUACUGCUGGGCCAUCCUCUCAACCAUCCGUUGCAGGCAAGGCCCUUCAAAAACAUCAUAACAAGAAGCACAGGCACCAGCCCUAUGUCAAAGAUGCUCGGCCCGCACACCACAACCAGUCAGGUGAAUCCAUUAGGGACAAAUGGAAAGAUCCUGAGAGCCCCUACUUCCCACCGUCAAAGCUUCAUUGGGAUGAUGCCCUCAAAAGAUGCAUCAAGGAUUCAUCUCGUGUUCCCCAAACCAGGUCUCCUAUUCAGUCCCAAGCUGCCGGAGCACCUUCAGGGAUAUAUAGCCACUUGGCUCGCCUGUCGUCCAAUAUGGAUUGGCAGAAUUUCUGCCCAAUCACAAGCCGCAGCGCCCAAAGGCAAAGCCCCCCAAAAAAAGGUCUUACUGUAGCGGAGAAGUGCAAGGGAAUGAUGAAGGAUUUGCUCGGAGAUGAUAUGGUGGACUCUCACAGAGAUUUAUUUGCACCAGAAGGAAUGGUAGAAUUUCGUGGUGAACAGGUCCCUGUCGCCAGUCUCGCCCACCCUCCCCAGCUCCUUGCCCAAAAGAUUACCUGGGAGUUGUUCGAGCUUGGAUUCCGCUAUGAAUUGAGGGAUCUCGAUCAUCACUUGGCCAAGGGAUGCUGGGCAGAAGAUCCGGUUGGUCACGAACAGUUGCUGCAUGCCGUCUUCCCUGGUGAGACUGGCCUUGUCAUGUGGUCAGAGCCAUUUCCAAUGGACAAUUACAGGAUGUGGAAUAACACCUUAACUGGUGUUCUUCCAUACCUUGAAAGUUUGCGACAGCUGCUGUGCUCUUGGGAUGAUGUGCUGCCCCUUCUUACAUCUCCGCUCAUGCAAGAGAGCUUUACAGACACAAAAUUGUGGGAAGUCACUUGCACUGCGACUGUGUUUUAUGUUCAGAUGUUUUUUGAUCACUUCGGUAGGCCUCCCAUUGUUCCUCACUCGCUCCCCCUGUAA